AUGGAAACGACAGAAAGCCCGGUUAAAAGGAGAGCAGAAGGAAGAGGGCAAUGGAAGCGUCCAAUAGAAUUCAUCCUCUCGCUGGUGGGUUUCUGUGUUGGAAUGAGCGGUGUCUGGAGGUUUCCGUACUUAGCCAUGAGGAACGGCGGCGGUGCGUUUUUGAUUCCUUACGCCGUGUUUGCUGUUGUUGUUGGGAUCCCGUUAGUGUUCAUGGAAACGGCUUUAGGGCAAUAUUUCCAGCUGAGCCCCCUCCUCGUCUUCAACAUGUGUCCAUUAUUUAAAGGACUUGGCAUUGCAACAACGUUGGUGUCAUACCUUGGCUUUGUCUACUAUAUGGUGAUCCUGGCUUGGACGCUUUACUUCUUGGCCAUGUGUUUCACACCAGUCUUGCCCUGGACAACGUGUGAUCAAUCUUGGAAUACAAACUCCUGUGUACCGCUGUUUAGGGAAUCCAGCGACAAUCUGGAGAAUAUGUCUGUCAUCAGACAAUUUCCCGCCAAUGUAACAGGAACAAUGGCCACUGAAGAGUUUUGGACGAAUAAUGUGCUGCAGAUUUCGUCUGGUAUCGAGGAACCUGGGCGCAUUCCCCUACAUUUGUUCCUAGCUCUAAUGGCAGCAUAUGCUCUUGUGUACGUUUGUAUCUUCAAAGGAAUAGAGUCGUCGAGGAUUGCUGUGUAUAUCACAGUUAGUGCCCCGUGUUUACUGCUUCUACUCCUACUGGGCUGGCUUCUUUCCAGGCCUGGCUCCACAGAUGGACUGAUGUUUUACAUCACUCCUCGCUGGGAGAGAGUCGCACAUUUUCAGCCUUGGUUGGAAGCCUUUCUCCACGUGUUUUACUCCAUGGGACCAGGCUAUGGCGGCCUUAUCAACCUCUCCAGUUUCAACCCAUUUCAUCACAAUUGUCUCAGAGAUUCUGUAAUAGUUGUGAUAGCAGACAUCACUACGGCAAUUUUCUGUGGCGCUGUUGUAUUUGCUGGUGUGGGGUGCAUCGCUCACCAAGCAGGGUUGCCCGUGUCUGACGUAAUCACUGCAGGUCCUGGUCUAUCAUUUAUAACGUAUCCUCAUGUUGUGGCCUCGUUGCCGGUUCCCCAGCUCUGGGCAGUAUUCUUCUUUCUCUUGAUCCUAACCCUCGGGCUGGACAGUCAGUUUGCCAUGCUCAAGACCGUCACUUCGGGUCUUAUAGACCUCCAUCCCCGGAUGCUGAGAAGAAGACAGCCACUGCUCGUGUUCGGUGUGCUUACCGUGUCGAUGGUACUCUCGCUUCCCUUUAUAACACAAGGAGGAAUGUAUGUCUUCCAAAUCGUGGACUGGUAUUUAUCCAUUUUCACCAUCCUGACUGCGGCGUUCUGUGAAUGUAUCAUUGUCGGCUGGCUGUAUGGUGGAGAACGAUUUUUAGGAAACAUACGAGAGAUGGGCAAUUUUUGCCCAAACUGGUGUCUGCAGUUUAUGAAGAUUUGCUGGCAAUUUAUUGUGCCCGUCUGUAUGUUGAGAUUCAAGUCCACGACUCGUCCACAAAUCGAAGUUAAGGGUGUGAUGAAGGGCAUUGAGAUGGAGGAAGUGGACGGAUUGAGCAAAAAUGACGAAGGAGAGGUCAUGUUGUAG